CGAGAUGGUUUCUUCUUAAAAGAGAAAGAAACCAUCCUCGCCCGCGCCGCAUGCGAGAUGGUUUCUUCUUAAAAGAAGAAGAAACCAUCCGGCGGAGUGGGCAAGGAUGCAACAAGUUGCCUCUGUCCACAGCUCAAAGUCAUCCCCUGCAAGGCACUUCGUAAUGCUCCCUUGGCAGCCGUAUUUGGCGGGGAUCCAGCCCAGGGCGAGCUCAUCUCCCGCUCCCCCGCCGCUACCGCCCUUAGCGAAUGUGAGGAACAAGACCAAGAUGACGGCGAGAGCGAGAAGGGGAAGCAGCAGUCCAACUUGGGCCAGAAUCCCUUCCUUCGUCGUCGACCGUGACCUCCCCGACCACAGCAUCCACGAUCCCUUCACUCCGUACCACGUUUCGCUCGAUGGAGCAAGGACCCACCCCCUACAGUGUACUGCCCGACGAAGUGAGGACUCUCCCCCUAUCGUGUUCUGCCCGAUGGAGCGCUUCUUCGUGUCCCACCACGUCCAACUCUCUUCUCCAUCAUGUCUUCUCCAUCCAACGAGCGUUGCAGCCUCGUCUUCCUUGUCGUCCUCAUCCUAUAGGCCAGCUGACACUGCUUGGUAGCGGGUGGCCUGUAUGCCGGUCAGCUGGCAGACUGAUAUAUUCACCCCAUUUGGACACUGCCCCACCAAGAUGGGUUCACCUUGCACAUGGAUUGCUUCUCUUCUUAUAUCAGACUUUUGAUGCAGUGGAUGGUAAACAAGCAAGGCGGACCAAUUCCUCUAGUCCAUUGGGAGAACUUUUUGAUCAUGGUUGUGAUGCUCUGACAUGUGCUUUUGAAGCCUUAGCUUUUGGGAGCACUGGCAUGUGUGGAAGAGCUACUUUCUGGUUCUGGGUAAUUGCAGCUGUCCCAUUUUAUUUUGCAACAUGGGAACACUUCUUUACAAAUACACUUAUUCUUCCAAUAAUUAAUGGACCUACAGAGGGACUCAUGUUGAUAUACGUUGCCCAUUGGCUUACCUUCUUUUGGGGUGCUGAGUGGUGGGCACAGGACUUCAGGAAAUCAAUCCCUUUCGUGGGUUGGAUGCCAGUUGCUCAUGAGAUUCCAACCUAUGGAGUUGUGCUGUUUAUUUUGAUUGUUUUUGGUGUAUUCCCAACCAUCAGCUCCAACAUUAGCAAUGUCCGCAAGGUUGUCCAAGCAAGAAAAGGAAGCAUGUUGCUCGCGCUAGCAAUGAUAUUUCCUUUCGUUGUGCUGAUGACUGGAGUUCUUAUCUGGUCAUACUUAUCUCCUUCAGAUGUUAUGUGCAACCAUCCACAUUUGCUUAUAGUUGGAACAGGAUUUGCAUUUGGUUUUCUUGUGGGGAGGAUGAUUCUUGCUCACCUAUGCGAUGAACCCAAGGGUUUGAAGACAGGGAUGUGCAUGUCACUACUGUUUCUUCCUCUUGCCAUUGCAAAUGCUCUCACCGCUAGGCUCAAUGAUGGAGCUCCUCUCAUUGAUGAAUAUAUCAUUCUUCUUGUGUAUUGCUUGUUCACAGUGGGGCUUUACUUGCAUUUUGCUACAUCUGUCAUCCAUGAGAUAACAACUGCUCUGGGCAUUUACUGCUUCAGGAUAACCAGGAAAGAAGCUUGAGAAAGACUUUGACGUGCUGUUCUUAGUGCACGUCUUUAUUGUUGAUUAUUUUUUUACUGAAAGCAGGGCUACCUGACAUUCAAUCUGUGUGCCAUAUAAGAUGGGUUCCCCACUCUAUUAAAUCAGUGCUUGUGGGGAAUGCUGUGUAGAAGAUAAGCCACGUUAGUUAGAUAAGAUGAGAAAUUGUUGUCAUUAUUUUGGUCCUCUGUAGGAAUUGACUGUAGUUGAUCGGUUGUUGUAUCACUAUCAAUUUAUCCAAUUGUGAGAAUGCAUGUUAUACAUGAAGGACCACUACAAAAGUUGGAAAGAGGAUAAUUGACGUAUAAAUUCCAAAGAAAAUGUUUUGGUUGUGAAAAAACUUUAUUGAAUACAACCUUCCUAUUUCUCUA